GGCCAGAUAACCUCCAUGUACUUCAGCACGCGGAAGCAAUACAAGUGGCUGCGCUUCAGCGAGGACUGUCUGUACCUGAACGUGUACGCGCCCGUGCGCGCGCCUGGGGACCCCACGCUGCCGGUGAUGGUUUGGUUCCCGGGAGGCGCCUUCCUCGUGGGCUCCGCUACCACGUACGAGGGCUCAGAGCUGGCCGCCCGCGAGAAAGUGGUGCUGGUGCUCCUGCAGUACAGACUCGGCAUCCUGGGCUUCCUGAGCACGGGCGACAGCCAGGCCCGCGGAAACUGGGCCCUGCUGGACCAGCUGGCGGCUCUGCUCUGGGUGCAGGAGAACAUUGAAGCGUUUGGUGGGGACCGGAACCGUGUGACCCUGUUUGGCCAGUCGGCGGGGGCCAUCUCCAUCUCAGGACUGAUGCUGUCACCCCUAGCCCAGGGUCUCUUCCAUCGGGCCAUUUCCCAGAGUGGCACUGCCCUAAUGAAAAUCUUCAUCACUCAGGAGCCACUGAAGGUGGCCAAGAAGGUUGCCCGCCUGGCUGGCUGCAGCCACAACAGCUCCCGGAUCAUGGUAGACUGCCUGAGAGCUCUGUCAGGGGCCCAAGUGAUGCGUGUGUCCAAGAAGAUGAGAUUCUUCCACGUGAACAUCCAGAGAGAUCCUCGGGAGACGACAUGGCUCAUGGGUGCUGUGGUGGACGGCGUGGUGUUUCCAGAUGACCCUGUGGUGCUCUGGACCCGGGGGCAGGUUCUACCUGUCCCCUACCUUCUAGGUGUCAACAACCAGGAGUUCAGUUGGCUCUUGCCCUUUAUCACGAAGUUCCCGCUCAACCUGAACCUAAUGAGAAAGAAAAUCCUCACCAGGCUGCUGUGGAGUAUAAGCACCCUGUUGAAUGUCACUAAGGAGCAGAUACCUCUCGUGAUGGAGGAGUACCUGAGCAGCAGCGACAAGCACAAUUGGAAGACGUACCGGAACCACGUGAUAGACUUAGCUGGAGAUGCCACCUUCGUCUACUCCACACUACAGGCUGCUCGCUACCACCGGGAUGCUGGCCUCCCUGUCUACUUGUACGAGUUUGAGCACCAUGCUUCCUCUGGCAUAAUUAUCAAACCUCGCACUGAUGGGGCAGACCACGGGGAUGAGAUCCGCUUCGUCUUCGGAACUCCUUUCUUCAAAGGGCCAUCCACAGGUGAAGAGAAGGCCCUCAGCUUCCAGAUGAUGAGAUACUGGGCCAAUUUUGCCCGCACAGGAAACCCCAAUGACGGGAAGCUGCUCUACUGGCCACGCUUCGACAAGGAUGAGAAGUACCUGCGGCUGGAUCUUACUACACGCGUAGGGGUGAAGCUCAGGGAGAAGAAGAUGGCCUUUUGGAGUAGGCUGCACCAACCUCAAAGAAGUGAGAAGCAGAGGCCGUUCUGA